AAUGCAUUAUGGGGCACAACCUCCAUGGAUUCCAGGGUGUCAACAAACUAACCAAAAAAUAUGAGCAGCAAGAUGAUGGAGCACGUGCAUCUCGCUGCUGAGGAGGAAGAUGACCUGUAUUCUGGCUACAAUGACUACAAUCCUACUUUUGACUCAGAGGAGCUGGACAAUGAUCCUGGAUUUCAGCAGGCUGUUAAGACAAGCCAUGGGAGGCGACCCCCGACUGCCAAAUUUCCUGGCACAGCCAUUGGAGGACGAGCCUUGGGUACCUCCUUUGGAUCGAGGGUGCCAAUGGCCUCAUCCAUGGGUCGGCCUAUGACAGGUGCAGUCCAGGAUGGGGCUGCUCGGCCAAUGACAGCAGUGCGGGCAGCUGGGUACUCCUCAGCUAUGGCCAGAGGCUCUGCGUUUGACCCACUGGGCCAGUCCAAAGGACCUGCUCCUCCACUGGAGAUCAAAAAUGAGGACACGCCUGAAGAGAAGAUGAAGAUUCUGGAGAGAAAGGUGAACGACCUGAUCGAGGAGAGCUGUAUGGCUCACGGUCACGGUGAUCUGCAGCUGUCGCUGGAAAAAGCCAAAGAAGCAGGGCGGAAGGAGAGGGCUCUGGUGAGGCAGAGGGAGCAGACGGGCACUGCUGACACCAUCAACCUGGACCUCACCUACUCUGUUCUGUUUAACUUGGCCAACCAGUACGCCAACAAUGACAUGUACCCAGAAGCACUGAACACCUAUCAGGUUAUUGUGAAGAAUAAGAUGUUCAGCAAUGCAGGACUCUUAAAAGUGAAUAUGGCAAAUAUUUACUUCAAACAGAAGAACUACCCAAAAGCCAUUAAAUUUUACCGAAUGGCUUUGGACCAGAUUUCAAAUGCACACAAGGAACUGCGGAUAAAGAUCAUGCAGAACAUCGCCGUGGUGUUCACACGGAUCGGAAAGUACUCAGAUGCCAUCACCUCGUUGGAGCACAUCAUGAGCGAGAGCCCCAACAUCAAGACCGGCUACAACCUGAUCCUGUGCUACUACGCCAUCGGGGACCGGGAGAGGAUGAAGAAGGCUUUCCAAAAACUCAUCUCCGUUCCUCUGGGGAUUGACGAGGAGGACAAGUACACCCCGCCCAAUGACGACCCACACACCAACCUUGUGAUCGAAGCCAUAAAGAACGACCAGCUCCACCAGAUGGAAAGAGAGAAGAAAGCGAUGGCCGAGAAAUUUAUCAUGACUGCGGCGAAACUCAUCGCUCCAAUCAUCGAGGUGUCCUUCGCUGCCGGGUUCGACUGGUGUGUAGAGAUGGUAAAAACCUCCCAGUAUGUGGAACUGGCCAACGAUUUGGAAAUUAACAAAGCCAUAACAUACCUGAGACAGAGAGACUUCAACCAGGCGGUGGAGACUCUGAAGAUGUUUGAGAAGAAGGACACCAGAGUGAAAAGUGCGGCUGCCACCAACCUCUCCUUCCUAUACUUCCUGGAGAAGGACUUGGACCAGGCCGAUCGCUAUGCCGACCUGGCCAUGGUCGCUGAUCGCUAUAACCCGGCGGCCCUGACCAACAAGGGCAACACGGUGUUCGUGCGACACGACUACGAGAAAGCAGCAGAGUUCUACAAGGAGGCCCUCCGAAACGACUCGUCCUGCACGGAGGCCCUGUAUAACCUGGGGCUCACGUAUAAGAGACUGGGCCGGCUGGAGGAGUCCCUGGACUGCUUCACCAAGCUGCACGCCAUCCUGAGGAACUGUGCCCAGGUCAUGUACCAGCUGGCUAGCCUAUACGAAACGCUGGAGGACUCUAACCAGGCCAUCGAGUGGCUGAUGCAGAUGAUCAGCGUCACGCCCACAGACCCCCAGGCCCUUGCCAAGCUGGGGGAACUGUAUGACCACGAGGGGGACAAGUCCCAGGCCUUCCAGUACUACUAUGAGUCUUUCAGAUAUUUCCCAUCAAACAUGGACGUGAUCGAGUGGUUGGGAGCCUACUACAUCGACACGCAGUUCUGCGAAAAAGCCAUUCAUUAUUUUGAAAGAGCUGCACUCAUUCAACCCACCCAGGUGAAGUGGCAGCUGAUGGUGGCCAGCUGUUACAGAAGGAGUGGAAACUACCAGAAGGCCCUGGAGACCUACAAAAAUAUCCACCAAAAAUUCCCUGACAGCGUAGAAUGCCUGCGCUUCCUGGUGCGACUGUGCUCCGACAUGGGACUGAAGGAGGUCCAGGACUAUGCCACCAAGCUGAAGAAGGUGGAGAAGAUGAAGGAGAAGAGGGAGCAGAGGGUGAAGUCGGGGCGAGAGAGCAGCGCUCGGAGCCGCAGGGAGGGGAGCGCGAGCAGCGUGGGCUCCUCCCCGAACAGUACCCCCCCAAUCAAAAACAACGACAGUGGACAGAGCAGCCAUGGCACCAGCGCCAAGGGGGAGCGGCUGAGUGCUAGGCUGCGGGCCUUGCCCGGGUCCAACGAGCCGUACGAGGCCAGCAGCCAGCGGGACAUCGACGCUUCCUAUGUAGAUCCCCUGGGCCCUCAGCUGGAGAGGCCAAAGACUGCGGCCAAGAAGCGCGCAGAGGAAGACGAGUUUGCAGAUGAAGAGCUUGGAGACGACCUGCUGCCUGAAUAGCGUGUGCUCAUGUCACUUCUCCCCUCCCUGGUCCAUUCGGGAGGAAACGGGAAACUGUGCUGUGCAGUUUUUUUAUGGAGAUUACAGUUAUGUUCAUGUUGAAUGAACAGGAAAUGGGGACUGAUUCUCAAAGUUAAACUGAGUUCUUUCCUUGCUACCUUGUACUUAUGUUUAAAGGCAUGUUAUUUAUAUAAAUGUUAUAUUAAAAAAUUAUUUGAGCUUUUCAAACCCGAAAUGAAAAUGGAAUAAUCCCAUAAAAAUGCUUUACCUUGCCAGAGGUAAAGCAUUUUGAGCCUGACCAACCUGAUAUUUAAACUCUAUAUGUGACUCAGAGAUUCUGCAGUGGAUGUGUUCAAGAGAACAAGGACCUGUGCGAAUGCACACUGAAAACACCAACACUACAUAUAAUGGAUAGAUACUGAAUGCAGUGUAGCCAGAAAGCACAAACCUAGAUAUUGUAGAGUGGGACGUGUGCCUGUAAGACUGAAAGCUGGUUUCGCUGACACAGAUGAAGUUCUGUACGGAGAAUCUCCAUUCAAAAUAUAAUUUGGUCAACUAGGCUUCUGUGUCUGUGAAGCCAGCCCUAGGAGUUUAUGUUGUGCUCCGUUCAGACAAUUUUCCUGUUCAGACUAACUUUGAGAAAUACACUUUUACACCAUUUUGCUCAACGUCUGGAAACAAGAAUGUAGCACUACAGCUUUUUUGUGCUACAAACGACUGUAGCCACAGCAACAGGUCUGUGCUGACCCUUGCUGGACUGGGAGCGCUUGGUGACCAUGGCAAUGUGGUUUCAGUGACAUACCUCCACUCAUUCCAGUCAGUAAAUUUGAAACCUAGACUUAUUUUACAAUACAAUGUCUUUGUGUAUUAUUUAUUGGUAUUUCUCUAUUCUUUUCUAUAAUUCUGUGUUUAUAAAUUGGACCAAAAUGAAAUGUGAGCAUCGCCAUGUUAUUCAUGAUUUCAACAAGUGUAAAAUAAAGAGAUUUUGUUUUAAAAAGUAAA